ACAUCUCUGCAGGGCAACCGUUACGAGCAGGAGAAGCUGCUGAAGCAGAGCUGCUCGCUGUAUGUGGGAAACCUGUCCUUCUACACCACAGAGGAGCAGGUGCAUGAGCUCUUCUCCAAGAGCGGAGACGUCAAGAGGAUCGUCAUCGGCCUCGACAAAGUCAAGAAGACCGCCUGCGGCUUCUGUUUCGUCGAGUAUUACACUCGCGCUGAUGCUGAGCAUGCUAUGAGGUUUAUUAAUGGCACGAGGCUGGAUGACCGGAUCAUCCGAACAGACUGGGACGCAGGCUUUAAAGAGGGCAGACAGUUCGGCCGGGGCAAGUCAGGCGGGCAGGUAAGUGAUAAAGCACACAAUGAAAUAACUAUGAUCACAAUAAUUAUUACAUCCAUAUUUCAGGAACAU